AUGGAAAAAGAUGAUGUUGUUUCAGCUAUGCUUUUCUUAAUUAUACCACUUUUAAUGCGCCGUGUCCUUGCCAGCGGAGAUCCUGUCUAUACCUUUUGUGACCCAGAGUCCAGAAAUUACACACUCAGCAGCCCAUUUGAAAACAAUCUCAAGCUCCUUCUUCAGUCAUUGCCAUCCAAUACUUCGGUAACAGGUUUCUACAACAACUCUACCGGGGAGGACCCAAAAGUCUAUGCUCAAGCACUUUGUAGAGGGGAUGUCAACUCCACAGUUUGCCUGGAUUGCAUAAAGAAUGCAAGCCAGGAAAUCUUGAAGCAGUGCAAAACUGAAGAUGCAAUGAUUUGUUGUCUGGUGCCGGCCUUGGGAGAUCUUCAUGCAUGCUGCGAUUCACGCCAAGGUGGAAUUAUUGUUAGUCGGAAUUGUAAUGUGAGGUUUCAGCUCUACCAAUUCUACAACGCCUCAAAUGUGUUCUUAACCUACCCAAAUUCCGAAGAUCCAAACCCAAAAACCGGAAACAUCAGCAAGGGAUUUGGGGAAGUCGCACCGGAGCGAGGUUGGCUGGCGGAGAGGUGGAAGGCCGAUGCAAACGGAGAAGAAGCGUGA